AUGGAUGCCAACCAGUUUAAGCAGUUCAUGGCGCAACAAGCGACCAUGAUGGACAAAAUGAUCGAGAAAAUCCGUGUGCGGGAAGCACCGGCCGGAGCACCGGUUCUACCGGUUCCGACGCCGUCACCGCUGAUGGUGGACGGUGAUAUGGAAGAAAAUUUUGACUUCUUCGAGAGAAGUUGGGAAGAGUACGUCAAGGCCACAAGCAUGGACACGUGGCCAGCCACAGCGGACAAACAAAAAGUCAGCUACCUGCUCUCCGUAAUCGGAGAACCGGCCAGGAAGAAAUUUUUCAAUUUCGAACUAACCGAGGCCGAGCGUGCCACGCCGGCACUGGCCUUGAAGGCGAUUCGUGAGAAGGUGGUUCCCAAGAGGAACGUGAUCGUGGAUCGCCUAGAGUUUUUCUCUGCCACGCAAUCUAGCCGCGAAUCGGUCGACGAAUACUCAACCCGGCUGAAGACCCUGGCGAGAGUCGCCAAACUCGGAACGUUGAAUGAGGAGCUCAUAACCUACAAGCUGAUAACCUCAAACAAGUGGCCUCAGCUGAGAUCGAAGAUGUUGGCCAUGACGGAUCUCACCCUGGAGAAGGUCGUGGACAUGUGCAGGGCCGAGGAGAUAACGGCCAAACGCAGCCAAGACCUGGCUGUACCGGAUGCAGAGGUCAACAAGGUGGCCAAGUCGAAGUUUCGCCGGAAGUCGCAGCAGCUGCCUCUCUGCAAAUUUUGCGGAGACGAACACGACUUCACAAAAGGAAGCUGCCCUGCACUCGGGAAGAGAUGCCGUCGGUGCAACGGUAAAAACCACUUCGAGAAAGCGUGCCGAGUGAAGCGCGGGUCCAGCAAGAAGAGUUCGCGGAAAGUGAAAGAAGUGAAGGACGAAAGUGAAUCGGAGGAAGAGUCCGACGUCGAUGCGUCGGCGGAAGACAGUAGUGAGGAAUUUGAAAUCGGGAAGAUCAUCGACAACUCCGACAAGGGCGGAAGUGUGUCAGCAGAGUUGGAGCUGAAAAUCAGUGACAAGUGGAGAAAAGUGAUUAGUGAGUUGGACACAGGUGCCAACACAAGCCUGAUUGGCCAAGAGUGUCUCGUGAAGCUGUACGGAGGAAAGUGUCCAAUUAUUUUUCCGUCGAAGAUGCGACUCCAGAGCUUCGGCGGAAAUCCGAUCAAGGUGUUGGGCGAGGUUAAGAUUCCGUGCCGUCGGUCCGGAAAGAAGUAUCGAUUGGUGCUUCAAGUGGUGGAAGGCGCUCACCGACCUCUUCUAUCGGCAAAAGUGUCCCGUGUGCUCGGAUUUGUCAAGUUCUGCAAAUCGGUUUGCUUCGGUGGACCCGAUUCAACCUCGCCAGAAAUGCUGCUCAAGGUAUACCGUGUGGAGGCCCAGAAGAUAGUCGACAAACACCAAAGCCUCUUCGAUGGGUACGGAAAGCUCGACGGUGAAGUCUCGUUGGAGGUUGACCACACCGUGCCACCGUCGAUUCAGCCACCACGGCGUGUACCGAUUGCCCUGCGCGGUCAGCUGAAGAAGGAGUUGGAAGUGCUGGAAAAGGAAGGAAUCGUUGUGAAGGAGCCGAGACACACUGACUGGGUCAGUAAUAUCGUCAUCGUCCAGCGAGGUGACCAGUCCAAGAAGAGCCUUCGUGUGUGCCUCGAUCCAGUUCCCCUCAACAAGGCACUGAAGCGACCCAACCUUCAGUUUGUGACCCUCGACGAAAUCCUGCCAGAGUUGGGGAAGGCCAAGGUCUUCUCUACCGUCGAUGCCAAGAAAGGAUUUUGGCAUGUGGUCCUGGAUGAACCGAGCAGCCAGCUGACGACGUUCUGGACUCCAUUUGGCAGAUACCGCUGGGUACGUCUACCCUUUGGUAUUGCACCGGCUCCGGAAAUAUUCCAGAUGAAGCUGCAGGGGGUUAUUCAAGGCUUGCCCGGUGUCGAGUGCAUCGCCGAUGAUCUGCUCGUGUUCGGAGUCGGAGAUACCUUUGAAGACGCGCUAGCAAACCACAACGUCUGUCUCGAGAAGCUGCUCUGUCGCCUUAAGGAGCACAACAUCAAGCUGAACAAGGAAAAGCUGAAACUUUGCGAGACCUCCGUGAAAUUCUACGGUCACGUACUGACGAACAAGGGACUCCAGCCAGACGAGACGAAAAUCUCAACCAUCCGUAACUAUCCUACUCCCACGGACCGCAAAGCUGUGCACCGUUUUAUCGGAAUGGUCAACUACCUGAGCAGAUUCAUCCCAAACUUGAGUGCGAACCUCACGAGUCUGCGAAAGCUCAUCGUGGAAUCCCAGCCGUGGCAGUGGACGAAAGUUGAAGCAGAGGAGUUCGAACGGGUCAAAUCUCUUGUCUCGGACACCGACACACUCCGUUACUACGAUGUUAACCAGCCAAUUACCGUGGAGUGCGACGCCAGUUGCUUUGGAUUGGGCGUAGCUGUGUACCAAGGGGACGGAGUAGUUGGGUACGCUUCUCGAACGUUGACACCGACAGAACAAAAUUACGCGCAGAUCGAGAAGGAGCUUCUUGCGAUCUUGUUCGCAUGCAUUCGCUUCGAUCAACUUAUCGUCGGCAACCCGAAAGCAGUCAUCAAGACCGACCAUAAGCCGCUCCUGAACAUCUUCAACAAGCCCCUCCUUGCUGCUCCUCGCCGGCUGCAGCACAUGCUGCUGAACCUCCAACGCUAUCGGCUGACGGUCGAAUACGUAACUGGAAAGGACAACGUUGUGGCCGACGCUCUCUCUCGGGCCCCGACCAGAGACGACCAGCCGUGGGACCAGUACAAGAAACUGCACAUCUACAAAGUGUUCGAGGAGCUGGAAGACGUGAAGCUGAAGAACUUUCUAAGCAUUUCGGAUAGCCGCUUGGAUGAAGUAAUGAAGGAGACAGAAAAGGAUCAAACGAUGCAGCGAGUCAUCGAGUACGUGCAGCGUGGCUGGCCGGCGUCGGCCGAACGGGUUCCGGACAGCGUGAGGAUUUAUUUUGGAUACCGGAACGAACUCUCGACGCAGAACGGCAUCGUCUUUCGAGGCGAUCGCAUCUUGGUGCCGCAGGCUCUUCGACGCAAGCUGAUUGAUUGUUGCCACAUUAGCCACAACGGAAUCGAAGCAACGCUGAAGCUGGCCAGGGCCAACCUUUUCUGGCCGGGCAUGAGUUCGCAGAUCACGGACGUCGUAAAGAGCUGCAGUGUCUGCGCCAAGUUUGCGGCUUCACAGCCACACCCACCGAUGAUCAGCCACAGCAUCCCGACUUCUUCGAGGUCGACAUCUUGA